AUGUUUUAUCUAACGAAGAUUCAUAUCUUUGCUACCGCUCAGUUCAAGGGUUGGCCAGAGGAGAGCGACGCGUCUACCCGUGAACCAGCGACGACCAUCCCAUCUCCUACCAAAGUCCUGUACAAAGCGAGAGCCCGACUCGCUUUCCAAACCGGCAAAGUUGUCGAGGUCAUUCAAGAAUCCAGAUUUCCUGAGAAUUCUGCUAGAAACUGCGACCUCGACGUCAAUACCGUCCGAGUCCGCCUCAACGUCAAGCCGGGUACGAACACACAUAUAUUUCCUCGAUUCGGCUCGAUAGUAGGACGAAAGCCGCCUGGUCCAUCCCCUUUGCGCAAUUGCCAGGUAGCCCCUCCACCUUCACGCUCGCCGAUGUUUCUUUCUUCCACUGCUCAUCUAAAUCAUACUCGCUGCCCCGUUCAGUCCAAGUUCGCUUACGAUCUGCUACCACCAUCUGAACCUGCCUUUGGUCUUACGGUCCGUGCUCGUCAUCGCGCCUUCAAGUAA